GCUGUUCUGUCUUUCUUUCUGCUAAGUUUGUGUUUCGAGCCGACUCCUCUUCAAUGGAGUCACUAGCGGUCGUCGAAUCGUGCUUGAAAGACGAUGAACAAGAGAGACCAUCAUCGGACGGCUGCAAACAAGUCCCGUGGCUGAACUGGGAAGAGUGGGACUUUGUCAGAGAGUCUCUCUUCUCUCCUUCUCCUCAUAGAUUCGCUUUUGCCUUGCAAAGGGUUAACACAUGGAGAAGUAGAGGGUGUCUUCCAGGGCCUGUUGAUGUUACUUGUUCCCUUCUUGAAAUUCAGUUCAAAGAUGGCUUUAUUGAGAGAGAGGAACAACCCGCAGAUGCAUUGUAUUCAGAGCAUUUACUUCAGAUGCUGUAUACAAUGGGGAUACUCAGGCUUGUGAACUGUCUUCUAGAGAAGACAAGGAAGAGAGAUACAACUUCAAUUGCGGUGGCAGCUAGAGAAAUUGGUAUCCCUCGUAAAUUGAUCGAUCUUCGUCAUGAGGGUUCUCACCGUGAGCUCCCUUCUCUCCUUGUGCUUCGAGAUGCUUCAUAUGAGGCACUUGAAUGGUUAAAAUCUUUUUAUUGGGAGCCUCAAAAGGCUCAAAUUCCAUUGAAGAGAGAUGGAACUGCUAGCAUCAGAAGAGAAGUCAAAACCAAACUCCGGAAACUUUCUUUAUGCUUCCAAAUUAAGCAGGAUCCUCAAUAUGACUCCCCUUUGGUCAAAGAAAAAUGUUCUAAUAAAAGGAUAAGGAAGAUAGUGAGCAGCCUUGUUGAGCUAUACCCUUCUUUCUCGGCAGAGAUCUCAUCUGUGCUGCUUGAAUUUUUACUCAAGGCUUUGGAUUCUUCAAAGUCUGCAGAGGAUCAGCCUGGCCAAGAUAUCAGGGUCUUUCUUGAUGUAUGGAAACCUGUAAUCAUGGAGUUCUCCAACAGAGAACCUGAGUUGUUAUUGACUCUACUCAAGGCAGUUCUUGAUAUGAUCCAAAAUAAUGAACAGAGAAGAUAUGAAACAGAUGUGAAUCUUACAGAUAAGUCAGCAGAAGAAGCUUUUCAAGCUGAGCAGCUCCCUUGCUUGUUUGCAUGGCUUGUGGGUCUUCUCACUGUGUCAAAGCAUUUUCAGAGGAACAGUUCUCUAGAAGUGACACCUCCCAGCACAUUCCUUAUGGAACUUAUACGUAAAUGUCUCCUACUGGGAGCCUUAGGACAUGAGCUGGUUUUGAAAUCAGGUUGUGUGCUUGGGGAGAUUGUGGGAGGGCGUGUCUUGAAGGAGAAGCUGAAAAAACUCCCUAUAAUGGAUAAAAGCUCCACAGAUGUUCCAUCAAAACAGAGUUCUUCUACUCUUGUAACAACUCCUACGACGCUUCGUGAGCAAGAGAAGAGUCUCGGAAGGGCAGGCAAGAGACUCGAGUUAGUCAAACUUCAACUCUCAAAGAAGAAAGGAAACGACACAGAGAAAGCCAAUAAUGGAUGGAGAAAGGCUAAAACAUGGAGCCCUUGUCCAAUUGGUAUGUUGCCUCAGAUCAUUGGAUCUUCUGGACGUUUACCUCUUCUGGACCCUCAGGAUUCUCAUACAAUCUCAAAACAAGCACAAGGUAACAACAAUGUCAAACGAGGAGCAGAGUGCAACAGUCAGCAACUGGAGAACUCACCAUUCAAAAGAGCAAGGAAGAGUGCAGAGGAUCUCAGCCCAAAUGACUCGAUAUUGGAAACACAUGAGGAAGAAGCUGAGAUGGAUAUAGAACAUCCAAAUGAGAAAUCUGAAAGUGAAUCAGAAGGGAAUAUGAUGUUGAAGGAUGAAGAGGAAGGCAUAGGGUGCCUUAUGAUAGGUGGUUUGUGGGAAAGGGUAAAAGAUGGAGAGCAACUUAGGAUUGCUUCUUUAGUUAAAAUUUGUGGUUGAUUGAAGAUUUUGCAAACCUUUCACAAGCAAUUACUAGAACUGAUAUUUUAUGUGACAUCCUUAAAAAAAUAGUAGAUCAUUUUCAAUUAAAUUGUGGAAUACAGAUGUUGACAAGAAAAAAGUUGUGGAAUACAGAUAUUACGGUAUAAUUGGAUUAAGAUUUCUUUUUUCAACAACAUUAAUUGGAUAACUAAUUAUUUUACAUGAAUAGUAAACAUUGAGAGUAGUAUUGAUCUUAUAGACAGAAAAAGAGAUGGAAUGAAACACUCCAAAGACCAAAAUGUUACAAAGCUGGCACCAAAUCAAAUGUAAUACAAGAGUUCUGCUUCUUCUUCGAGGAAUGAAUCACCAUUUAGAAUUUUUUUAACCUACAAAGCAAAUCCUCUUGUUCAAUAUCAACACAAAAAGGGGAAACAAAUAUUGUAAGCAAUCCUUAUUUGUUGUGUGUUAACACUAUCCCUUCAACAGUCUGUCUUUUUUUUCUUCUUUUCUGCUUAUUGAACAAGAUGCUUACCUAAUAUAUAGUCUACAGUGA